AUGACGCAGAUCGGCAUCUUCCCCGCAUCCGGGGCGCUCGGGACAAGCACGUAUUCCCACCUCUUAUCAAUCGUGCCAAAUAACCGGGUCACCCUCAUCAGUCGAUUCCCUGAAAAAGUACCUCAGAGGUACAUUAAGGAUGGGGUUACUACCCGACAAGCUUCAUACGAAUCGAGCCUUGAGGACCUUGAGUCUGCUUUUAACGGACUCGAUGUGCUAUUCCUCAUUUCGUAUCCGAGCCACGUUCACCAGUACAGGACCAAAGUCCAAACUAAAGGAAUUGAUGCCGCUCACAAGGCUGGGGUCAAGCACAUAUUUUACUCGUCCCUUGGCUUCGCAUCCCUAGACAAGGAUACUACGAAAGCAGAAGUGAUGGGAGCGCAUCUCGACAGCGAGGCUCAUCUCAAAGCACUCGCACGCAAAGACCCUGGCUUCUCGUGGACCAGCAUCCGCGAAGGUCUUUACAGUGAAUCAUUCCCCAUCUACACUGCCUUUUUCGACAUAAGGAAUCCUUCCAGUGAGAUUCUCAUUCCUCACGAUGGAACCGGUCCUGGCAUAAGUUGGGUGAAGCGAGAUGAACUGGGAGAGGCAACUGCGCGGCUCAUUGCCUCGUAUGCUGAGUCGCCGUCAGAAUUCAAGUAUAUAAACCAAAUCGUCACUCUUACGGGACCGAGACCAUGGUCACUGGCCGAAACCGUUCAGGUUUUGUCGAAGGCUUCGAAUCAAAACGUUCAGAUCAGACAGGUCAGUGUGGACGAGUAUGCCGCGCAGACGCAGGUUGUUGGGAGAUUUGGAUCUAAGGAACUCGCCACAACCUGGGCUACCGCAUGGGAAGCCAUCCAAGCCGGGGAGACAGGGGCUGUAACAGAGACACUGGGGCAAAUUCUGGGGAGAGAACCCGAGGCCUUUGACAAGACGAUCGAAGAUUUAGUCAAGGCAAAAUAG